CUCCUUUUUGCAGAUGAAUCUGGGACAGAGGAGGAAACGGAACAAGAGAAGCCCUCAGUAGAAGAAACAAAGAGAACUAAACCAGAAAAGAGGAAAAGAGUAACGGAGAAAACCAACAAAGCCAAGAAGAAAAAGGAUAAUGCCCAGAAAGAGCCAAAUGAUCUCCAGUCAGACAAACCUAAAAAGAAGAGAAAGAAGAAAAAGAAGACAAUUACAGACGUCUUGGCUGCCUCGGUGCUGAAGCCGGGCUGUCCGUCCGACCUGCAGGAGGUGAUUACACAUUACUUCUCAGACAAGCGCUCCGUGAUCGAGCAGGAGGAGCUCAAACUGCAGAACUCCAGUUUCCUGUCCAGUAAUGACCUGACGCACAGCCUCUCUUCUUAUCUGAAACACGUUUGUCCCAAGUGGACAAAGAUACAAAAGCAGCACACAGAGAAGAGCUCAGUGGUUGUCCUCAUCGUCUGUAGCUCCGCUCUUCGCACCAUCGAGCUCAUCAAACAGCUGACUGCCUUCAAAGGUGAAGCAAAAGUUGUGAAACUUUUUGCCAAACACAUCAAGAUUGAGGAGCAGGUGAAGCUGCUGCAGAAAGGCGUCACGCACGUCGGGGUGGGGACACCUGGCAGGAUCAGCGCUCUCAUUGAGAGAGAGGGUCUGACCUUGCAGGCACUGAGGUACCUGGUUCUGGACUGGAACUGGAGGGAUCAGAAACUCAGGCGGAUGGUGGAUGUUCCUGAGAUCAAAGUGGACCUCAUGAAGCUGCUGGAGAGAGGAGUCCUGACCUGCAGAGACAACAAAGUCAAAAUAGGACUUUUUUAACAAACGUAUUGAGUUUAUUGUGUCCACUGUCAACAGUUAAUCUUUAAUCGUCAACAGCUUAUUGUUGCUUAUUACAUACAGAAGAGCCUCUUUUUUUUUCCUUUGGAUCAGUGUCUGUUUUUUUUCCUCACAGUUUUAAGAGUUUGCGUCAGACAAAUAUCUCAUUGUUGUCAUUAGACGUCCAGCAGCCUGUUGAAGUGAGAUG